AUGAUCCACGUGUGGGCGGAGCCGCGCAGGAGGAAGCGGCUCUCGGCUCCAGAAACCCGGUCAGCAGCAUCCAUUCCCCGGCUGAACGCGCACUUGUCCCCGGCUAAAGCUGCUCCCAGGACCGCUCUUUGCACCGACCCUCCACCUGCUCAGCUCCUACCCCAACACACACCUCUCCGCCCUAUCCAUGUGCCCCUGGGGGCCCCGGCCAUCACCAAGAUCCCGGUUUAUGUGGAGGAGCACAAUGUAACGGAAGGAGCCCUGAAGCUGAUCAAAGAGCUGAGACCUGCGUGGGACACCGGGGAUGUGAAGACCAAGGUAAAGCCCCAGAACUAG